AUGAGCCCGCCUGAUGCACCUGAUGUCCACAGCGACGGCAGCGACGACAGUGACGAUGCAGAGCAAUACAAGGGCACCACUCUCAAAGCCAAAGCCGUCAGAUCGAGUCGUGCAUGCAUAACUUGCAGACGGAUGAAAACGAGAUGUGAGAUCGAUGAGGCACUUGGAAGUGCUUGCAAAUUGUGCAUCAGGACACGACGUCAAUGCAUUAUGCAAGAUAUACCCCGACGAAGGAAACGAAAGACGACCGAGAGAGUGGCAGACCUUGAAGAGAAGAUCAACAUUCUCACGGCAUUACUUGCAUCGAAAGAGGCUGGUGCAUCGACCACCGACAGUGAUGCCAUCCCUACUCGCCCCAGCCCUGACCAGGAGUCGCCAGUAACUCCAGAAGAGAGCCUCGUUGCGGAAGCGUUGUCGCGAGGCCUCUUCGAUUGGGAAACUGCCUGCGUGGCUUUUGAGAGGUACAAGCAUGAAAUGAGUCACUACUUUCCGUUCGUGGUGUUCCCACAGGCCACCGACGCCAAAGCUCUCAGAGAGCAGCAGCCCCUGUUGUUGUUUGCCAUUAUCACCGUCUCUAUUUCCCGGCUACGGAGCAAGGUUGAUUCAGAGCUCUGCGACAUGUUGAUCAAAGACCUUGCGCUACGAAUCGUGUACAAGGGCGAGAGAAGCCUCGAGUUGGUGCAGACUCUGCUUGUCCAUGUCUGCUUCUAUUCAAGGGCGCUGCAGAUGCGUGACCUAAACUUCAAUCAGAUGACACACAUUGCCGGCACUAUGGCCACCGAUAUAGGCUUAGGGAGGCGUCCUCAUAAGGCGACCUCGGAGCCACGCAACGGUCCGUACCAAUUAGAAUCUCUUGCCGCACGGAGAGCUUGGUUGGGAUGCUACUAUAUGGCCACGAGUAUCUCAAUGUCCCUCCGCCACCCUGCCUUCGUCCGGUGGUCGGUGUACACUGAAGAGUGUCUGGAUAUCAUCUCAGCCGAACCACCUGCAUUACCAAGCGACGUCUGGUUAUGUGACUUGAUACGCAUCCAGCGCAUUGCUGAAGCUGGGUCGCUUGCCUUCUCCAUGGAUGACCCGGGCGCAAGUGUUACGCUUCGGGACAUCAGAAUUCAAUAUCAGCUGCGAGGCUUUCGUCAGCAACUUGAUUACUGGCGGCGACAUGCGAGAACGGACUUAAGCCUACCAUACGCCCGGCACGUCGCGGCAAGUACCGAUCUCUUCAUCAACGAGAUAGCUCUCCAUCCGGAGCACGACAUAGAUGACCUGCGAUCGCCUCUCCGCAUUCCUCAGACUACGGGACUGGACGAGCUUGCCUUGAAAUUCAAAGACCUGCAUUUCAUCCCUGCCAGAGAGGAGGCACUCUUUGCAUGUCUUGCCGCAAUACAUGAAUGCUUCGAUGCUCUGCUAUCCACAGACAUCGCUACGGCUUGCACAUUACCCAAUCUCUUCUUCGUCCGGACUGGAUACGCGGCUCGAGCGCUGCGCAAGUUACUUAACAUAUGUGACAGCCAGGCGGAGUAUGAAGGCAGAUCCCACAUCGACGUGAGGGACUUGAAGUUCGAAGAAUAUUUGAACUCCAUCAUUGCUUUACUGGCCAAAGUUCACUUUGAGAACAACUCUACCGUUGCGCGAGCCUUCGGGUUGGUCCUUGCGCAAAUCAAGGCACAAGCUUUGGAAUCUUCCAAGCUGCUCUCCACGAUCAAGUUGCCGGACGACGGCAGUGGCAUCGACCUGAAACUCGAGCCGGACUCAACUUUUUCAAUAGGUACCAAAGGGCCGUACGAUCCCUGCCUUCGACUCGUGGCGGGUGAAGCAGUCUCCCAGCCAGGUUUUCCCACUCGGACGCCAUUUACUGCUCCUCUUCCCCUCCCCCUCCAGCCUCUGCCGGUUGCAGGUCAGCUACUUCCGCAAGCUCAAGUUCACACGAACCCAUGGCAACAGAACGUUCCAGACGAUGAAUUUAUGACGGGAAUCGAUGUUUUGCAGUGGUUCGAACAAGAUUUCGCCUUGACGUCCGGAGCCUUCGACUACGACGGCAUGGGUCUGCAGCCUGCAGAUGGACACUGGCAGUACUGA